GCAGCCUUUCCCCGCGCGCAGCCCGGCCGGAGACCCGCGGGACCCCCUUGGCUCGGAGGGGUCGAGCUGCGCAGGCCCGGCCUCCUCGUCUCCCAGCGAAGGGGCGCGGUGGGCGGCCAGGCUCCGCGGCUCCGCCUCGCCCAAGCCAGGCCGGCCGAGCAGGCGGGCGGGCGGGACUCCGGGUGCGCCUCCCCGGCUUCUGCGUCAGAGCGCUGCGCGCAAGCGGAGGCCCGCCGUCUCCACGCCGCAGGUAGGAAGAAGCGCCGCUGGGCGAGGAGCGGGGCCCCCGGCUCGCGAGGAAGCAGGCAGGCAGGCAGGCAGGCGGGCGGGCGCUGGCCUCCCGUUUAGCCCGGUGGCGGUGGAGGGACUGCAUUCCCCGCAGCGCCAAAGCGGGUGGCCUCGGGGGUCCCUGGGCCCAGAGCUGGUUGCGCCUUUCCGGGGAGGGGGGAGAUCUGCUGGAUCCGGCCGCGAGGCGUCCCCUGACCCACAGGAUCGCCCAGGGGCCUCUUCUGGAAAGUGCCCCCAACACCCCCCCCAAAAGAAAGGAAAAGCUCUCCGCAGUUCUCAUUUUCUUACUUAUUCUGUAUACCGCCCUUCAUCCGUAGAUCCCAGGGCGGAUCACAGCAUUAAAAUCACCAAAUAUUAAAAACAAGAACAGGAGCAAAACAAACCAGUAGCCCCCUUCUCCCCACCCCUUUCCACAAACACGUUUGUGUUAAAAAUGUGUUUCUGGGAGGGGGUGGUUUUGUUUUGUUUUGAUUAUGUAUUUCGUGUUUAGAGUGGAUCCCCACUAAGCAUUUGUUAAAACAUGUGCAGCACAUGUUUAAUGCACAUGACUUCCCCCUGCUGCCAAAGAAUCCUGGGAAUUGUAGUUUCCAUCCCAGAGAGGCUACGGUUCCCAGAAUUUUUUUUUGAGGGGAGAGGGAGGAGCCAUGCGCUUCAGAUUGUGGUGUGUGUGUUUGAAUGUGCUUUAAAUGCAUGGUGUGCAUGCGGACCUGGGCAAUUCAUUUGGCUAUUGUAGUUAAUGAAGCACUUUUUCCUUUGAGUUGCAUCUGCUGGGUUUGCAGGAGCAGAAAGAGUUUCUGCUUGUGUAAGGCAGGCUGCCUGGUUUUUGUCAAGAAGCACCAACCUUUGCUGCUACUGCUGCCUCCGUUUCCACCCAGGGGUGGGGAGAAGCCGGUCCUAUGUGAUUAUGGCCCAGAAAGAUGAAGUAGGGUGGGGGGUGGAGUCAGUGAAAAUAGUGUGCCACCUUUUUGUACAACACUUCGUGUUUGGGGCCGGAUUAGUUGAAGGACACUGGCUGUGGGCCCAUUUUGGCCUACUUUGACUCCAAUCUGCUCCCACUACAUGUGUUUGAAGCAGUACAGUGGUACCUCAGGUUACAUACGCUUCAGGCUACAGACUCCGCUAACCCAGAAAUAGUGCUUCAGGUUAAGAACUUUGCUUCAGGAUGAGAACAGAAAUCGUGCUCCAGCGGCGCGGCAGCAGCAGGAGGCCCCAUUAGCUAAAGUGGUGCUUCAGGUUAAGAACAGUUUCAGGUUAAGAACGGACCUCUGGAACGAAUUAAGUACUUAACCUGAGGACCACUGUAUUAGAAACUGAGAUAUGAAAGCUAGGAGCUGAAUGACUCCUUAAAACCUAGGUUAUGGGUGCAAGAAUGGAAUGCCUAGGUGCCCUUUUUAAUAACAGGAAUACAAACUUAAAAUGAAUGAACUGCCGCUAAAAUAUUAAGUUAAUUUUUCACAUGGUCUAGUCCUUCCCCUAGGGACGCGGGUGGCGCUGUGGGUUAAACCACAGAGCCUAGGACUUGCUGAUCAGAGGGUCAGUGGUUCGAAUCCCCGCACCGGGGUGAGCUCCCAACUGCUCCUGCCAACCUAGCAGUUCGAAAGCACGUCAAAGUGCAAGUAGAUAAAUAGGUACCACUCUGGCAGGAAGGUAAACGGCGUUUCAAUGCGCUGCUCUGGUUCGCCAGAAGCGGCUUCGUCAUGCUGGCCACAUGACCCAGAAGCUGUACGCCGGCUCCCUUGGCCAAUAAAGCGAGAUGAGCCCGCAAGCCCAGAGUCGGUCACGACUGGACCUAACUGUCAGGGGUCCCUUUACCUUUACGUUUUAGUCCUUCCCCUGCCCACCCCCCUAAUAUUCUUAAGAGGGUCUCUUCUCAAGUCUUCAGAGAGCAGCUACAAGUGGGGAGGCAGAAAAAAGUCCUUUCCCUCCACUCUGCAGUUUUAAUCUGAAAUCUUAGGCACAGUACUGCGCCCUGAGCUCAGAAAUUCCCUGUCGCACAAUGCGCCUAGAACAAUGGGAGUUUUGAACACUGGUUUGUAGCUGAGUGCACGUGGCAUUAGCCACAGUACCUUGUAGCUUCUUGACAAAGGCUCAGACAGCCCUUGCACUGGCACAGAUGGCAGCUUAAGUGAAUUGGAGUUUGGUAACGGGCCUGGGAUGAAUCUAUAGCCCUGCCACCUAUGUGGUGUGAACAUCGGCCAAGAAAGCAGCCUGGGGUGGGGAUGUGAUCUAACUAUGUUUCAGGCCUCUAAUGUGUACAGAGCCUGUAGAGUUCACCAUCCUUUGCGAUAAGCAUCAGUGUGGCCUCCUUGUUAGCCUGCCUUUAUGAUAAGUUAGACUGGCAGCCACUAAGGAAGGCCUGUAUUAUAAAAGGACCCUAUUCUAUGGGAGGCCCAAUGAAUGGCCCCUUCAGUCCAGCAUUGAAAGCGGCUUUUGACUGAUGGGAUUUUAUUGGCCAUGGCAGUUCUGUUGCUUGAAUUACACCGUGAAAUAUCGGUGCUUGCUUAUAAUGUAUUAUAUAAGUUUUAAAUAUGUUUUAUGUUUUUGAUGUUUGCCAGCUUGAGAAAGACUACACAGAAAGGGGUGAGGCGGUAUCGACAAAUAAAAUGCCUGCCUAAACUGAGUUCUGCAAAACACAGCAAAUGAGUGGAUGAAGGCUUUUCAACUUCAUCACUCAAGGGAAACCGUCCUCCAACAGCUAUAGGUGAAAGUGCAUCUGAUUCCGGAUUAUUUUAAGCAAGGUACUGUUUUCUGCACACUUAACCCUACUUCUUAAAUCAUCUGUGCUCUGUCCACAUACUGAUUUUUGGAGUUCUCAAACUCUUUUCUGAAUGCUUGCACCCUAGUACUUUGCAUUGUGCUGAGGUGCAAGCGUUUGGGCAGCUGUGACUGCAACGUGUGGACUGUGCGCAACAGACGAGAGAGAGGAUUCAUUGAAACAGGGCGGUCUUUAUUCCAGAUUACUUAAUCCAGAAUGCUUUGGGUACUGCCGCUCCGCUGCUGGCACGUACUCCCGAGAAGGUUAGCCACAAGAGAAUUGUAACCCAUCCCAGCUGAUAAAGGUUCCUUCCUCCUGAUUUACAUGGUAAAGGAGACCAGGAAAAGGUCCAGAAAUGGCCUCCACUAUCAGAUCUUUAUGCUUCUGCAUACUAGUUGCUGGAAGAAGGGAGGGUGCUUUAGAGCUCAGGUCUUGCUUGCAGGGAUCCCACAGGCCUCAGUUUGACUACUGUGAGGCUAGAUGGGCCAUUGGCUUGGUCCAGUAGGCUGUCCUUAUGUUCUUUGUUGUCGUUUAGUCGUGUCCGACUCUUCAUGACCCCCUGGACCAGAGCACGCCAGGCACUCCUGUCUUCCACUGCCUCCCGCAGCUUGGUCAAACUCAUGCUGGUAGCUUUGAGAACACUGUCCAACCAUCUCGUCCUCUGUUGUUCCCUUCUCCUUGUGCCCUCCAUCUUUCCCAACAUCAGGGUCUUUUCCAGGGAGUCUUCUCUUCUCAUGAGGUGGCCAAAGUAUUGGAGCCUCAGUUUCAGGAUCUGUCCUUCCAGUGAGCACUCAGGGCUGAUUUCCUUCAGAAUGGAUCGGUUUGAUCUUCUUGCAGUCCAUGGGACUCUCAAGAGUCUCCUCCAGCACCAUCAUUCAAAAGCAUCAAUUCUUCGGCAGUCAGCCUUCUUUAUGGUCCAGCUCUCACUUCCAUACAUCACUACUGGGAAAACCAUAGCUUUAACUAUACGGACCUUUGUUGGCAAGGUGAUGUCUCUCCUUAUGUUCUUAAGCGGAUUCAAAUCAGAUAUGGUGCUUUAUGUCUGUUAAACCCCCAGUACAAUGGCUAUUGUAAGGGAAAGAAGCAGGGAGCAAUCCUCAGGUAUGCCUGCCUGUAAUGAUAUUCAGGGUUAGCAGUUUCUGAGGGGAAGCAUGUUUGGAGGACGACUUUCUUUAUUGGGUAAAAGCCUACGGAUAAAAUUUGAAGUGGUGGUACUACGCAGACUUCUAAAUACCUGCAGGCACAAGGCCGUUAUUUUCAAAAACAAGCAAGUAGAAAGCGAGCCCUUUCAAAUUUUGGAUAUAUCUGUUAAAAAUGAGAUACAGGUUUGAUGUCCUGGAAUUAUUAGCCUGCUGGAGAAUGCUUUCAUGGUCAUUUUGUCCUUACAUCUAUUCAUAUUUCUGUAAUAGUUUAAGGCUACAGCUUUGUGAAUUAACAGUUAUCAAACUCUUCCCAUCAACUCUCUGCAACACUACACUUGGAAUAUCGGCACAAUAAAGUUCACGGUAUUUUUUCAAAACCAUAAAUAUAUUUCCAAGUGUCCAGAAAUGGUACUUUAUCUUCUGGUGUGGCAUGAGGUGAAGGGAAAAAACAAGGAGGGGUGUAUUUAUUUCUGAAGCCUCUCUCCCUCUCUGCCCCAAAAUGUGGGACAGCACACCUGUGUGUAACCUUUUCUCUAAUCUGAAUGGAAGAGUCUAGGUUAGAGUUUCCCAGACUUCAUAACCUUCAUCCUGGUGACCCACAGCAAAAAUACAAUUAAAAAUCAGGUACCAUUUAGCACAGCAAAGUGCAAUAGCUACAACAGCUGAAGACCUUUACCAAUUUCAAAGUGGACUGGAGGGGGAGAAAUUUGCUGGCCAUGAGAUUUGCUAUUCCUGUAGGUUGCCUGUAAGCAGUACUUCCGGGCAGAAAUAUAAGGGUCGCCCUUUAAAAAUCAUUCCUGCUGCAUCAUUCAGUCGUUCCUUCAUUUUGCAGGAACUGGCCAAUAUACAUUUGAUUCAAGUAGUGUGCUUACCCACAGAAUAGCUUCCCUUUUAUACAUUCCUUGCUUAGUGGCUCUGCAGAAUGUUCUGUUCCGCCCCCACUUUUUAAAAACCUUUCUGGCCUUCUCUCAGAACUGGGAUUAUUUGUUUUUUUUUUAAAGUUUUUUAUUUAUACAGCAAGAAAAACACACACACACAAAUACCAAAUUACACACAAAUUACACAAAUAACCAUAGACACAUAAUUUUCUUAGCAAACAAUAAAACAUAUAUUGGUCUUAACACUAAAGACCCAACUUCCCGUCUAUUCCAUAUUUCAAAUUCAUAUUACUUUUUGCCAGUACACGCUUUUAUCAUAAUUAAACUUAUUCUCAAUAAAUCUAAUUUCUUAUAUCUACCUUGCAAGUAUUACUGAAGUUCCUUGAAUGCUGCAACAGAAUUUAAACUACUAUAUUUAUUUUUCAGAUAAUCUUUGAAAACCUCCCAUUUUGAAACAAAUUCCUGUUUUGAUUUAUUCUUUAUUUUUUCUGAUAAACCAUCUAAUUCGGCAUAUUCUGUCAGCUUUUGGAUCCAAUCUUGUAUAGAGGGGAUUUCAUUACUCUUCCAUUUUGCUGCGAUCAAAACUCUUGCUGCCGCUGUCGCAUAUAAAAAGAUACCCUUCCUCUUUUGUGGAAUAUCCAAAUCUGUUAUUCCCAGGAGGUAGGCCUCUGGUUUUUUAUUGAAAGAGAUCUUUAGCGUUUUUUGCAGUUCUAUAUGGAUACUCUCCCAGAAUACUUGUAUUUUCCUACAUAUCCACCACAUAUAGUAGAAUGUUGCGAACUGGGAUUAUUUGGAAGGAAAUUUUUGUUGCUCUUAUGUAGAACCGUCGUUCAGUUUUGGCACAAGGCAUAGGGCGGAAAGGCAGGCCAGAAACUGAUCAAGUUUCUGCUUGUUGUAUGUAGGAAGUACCUUUUUUGUAUAGUUUGAAGUAAUUGUUUUGCAGAUUAAGUAAGGGAAAGAAACAAGGAGUCCAGGAUUGCCUGUAGAUAUAUGGAAUCAUCCACAUUUCUUUAUUUCCCCCUUAGCAACUUCUGUUCCAUAGCAGUUUGUGUUGAUUUUGGCAACCAACUGUUUUGUUGAAGCAGGCAAUGGUCUUACUUAUUGAAGAUUAAAGCUUGAACACAACUGCUUAAAACUAGGGGUGUUGCCUGGAAUCUUAGUCAUUACUAUGAGUUGCAACCGAUUUCUGAACUAAGUGAUUAAAACACAAGUUUUAAGCCGCCAUCUUAAAAAGGGAUCUGAUUUCUCUCUCUCUGUCUCUCCUCUCUCACACAAAAGCUGUGCCACUGACCUGUGGUCAAUUUGGGGACACCUCUUUAAAUGAUCCAAACUUUUUAAGUUAAGUGGACCAAUCAGUUGUCCAAACAACUUUUAAACUCUGCCAUAGCAGCAGCACAUUCUCUGUGGUCAUACUCUGGCCUCUGCCAGCUCAGUUUUGUGUGUGUCUUUUUUGAGGUAAUAAAAAGUAGUAUUCUCCCCACCCUCCAAAUCAGUGGAGGUGCACAAUUUCUCAAUGAGAGCUAAUGGGGCACUCAUUUAUUUUAUGAACGUGCUUUCUGGCUGAGUCCAUGUGAUGGAAAUGAAAAAAGUUCCCGUCCUUGCAGACAUCCAUGUUCCUGGCCCACACCCCUUUUCUUUUGAAAAAAAAAGCGCUAUUCAGAUGAUGUCUUUGCGGUGUGGUUUCUGAACUCUAUUUUCUGGUUCCCACAUUGUUAUCAGUAGAAUAUCAAAUUAUAUAUUACACGGGGUAUUUUCAUGCCAACAUCAGCAUUCUGGUUCCAGUGGUGAGCAGAGAGCAGCAUGAGAAGUAGUCUUAACCCAAAUCUAAAUCUUUAAAAUGGGCGGGGAAUCUAUGGCUCUCCAGAUGUUCAUCAUCUCCAUCUCUUAUCAACCCAGACGAUGAGCCAUGCUGGUUGGGGUUGGUAGGAACUGGAAUCCAACAACAUCUGGAGGGCCUUCUGCUUUAAAUGAUACCAGUAUGCUCUAGGUCAUGGGUAGGCAAACUAAGGCCUGGGGGCCAGAUCCGGCCCAAUCGCCUUCUCAGUUCGGCCUGCGGACGGUCCGGGAAUCAGUGUGUUUUUACAUGAGUAGAAUGUGUCCUUUUAUUUAAAAUGCAUCUCUGGGUUAUUUGUGGGGCCUGCCUGGUGUUUUUACAUGAGUAGAAUGUGUGCUUUUAUUUAAAUGCAUCUCUGGGUUAUUUGUGGGGCAUAGGAAUUCGUUCAUUUAUUUUGUUUUUCAAAAUAUAGUCCGGCCCCCCACAAGGUCUGAGGGACAGUGGACCGGCCCUCUGCUGAAAAAGUUUGCUGACCCUUCUAGGUGCUGCACAUUUAUUAAUUUUACUACAUUUAUAUCUUUCCUUUCUUCUGUCAUGGAACCCAAGUUGAUGGUGGCUUUCUGUCAGGAGCUCAUCCUACUCUCGAGUAGGACCCUGGCAGAGACACAUGCGCAACUGGCAUGUUCCCUCCCUCCUGGUCGAUUGUUCAGGAGCUUCAAAAGCUUUCUUCUGCUUGAACAUCACAGCAACCAAUGUCAACUGACAUCGGCACUUAGGGAUCCGCAGAGUUUGCGCAGCUUGCGUAACAGGCCUCAGCAACUCAGCAUUUCGGCUGAUCUGCUUUAUUUACAUAUAGGCACACAUGGAGCACUGCAACAUGGCUCGCUCUCUAGCAUCAGACAGCAAGAGGAAAGGACAAAGGACAAUAGUCCUACUUCACGGAACACAGUAACACAAACAUCCUGUCUCCGUCACUUCCCACUCUGUGAAGUCAAAACAUACACUGUCAUGUGAAAGACAACAAUCCCAUGACUGCAAUCAUGGAGCAGGAAUUCUAACACUUUCAUGAGGUGCAUGAAAGUGGUACCUAUGCUAUCAUGAUAAUAUUUGAAAACCUGUUCAAAAUGAAAAAAGUUGCCAACCUUGCAGACUUCAGGUAACUUUUCUUGGUUAUCUAGGACUGUCAACCCAUAGGUUGACGUAAGUGAUUUCUUUAAGAGCUCGCGGACCAUUUCAUGAGCCUAAUGUUUCUGUGUUUAUCUACCUGUACUAUAGGUAAACCUGUCCUGCUUCUUGUGUGUAGAGCAUAAUGUCGGAGAGUGAUCUUGCUGGAGAAGAGUACCCAGCAGAGAUCCAUGAUUACCUUUCGGCCUUUGAUAAGUCUCUUGGUUUUGUGGAUGAGAUGCUGAAGACUAUGAUGUCUGUGUCGAGAAGUGAGCUUCUCCAGAAGGUAAGAAGUAGGUGAAGGCACAGCAGUGUUUGUCUUUUAACUAAUCAAUGGUGGAAGGGAGGGUCCCCAGCGGUCUUUCAUAAUAGGGUGGCUUGUACUUCAUCCAGAAAGUACGUUCUCUGCUUGCCUUAUUUCUGGAAGUGGGGUUUUAGAAUAAACUCGCCCUAGAAUGUAAAAGCUAGGUGUUAAACUGCUACCGUACCCAUUCCAGCUGUAGGAAGAACAGAUCUAAAAGAAUAUAUGAAGUAUCUUUUCUUUCUCACUUUCAACACCCAGAAACAGCACAAGGCACUGCCUGAGGCCUUGGUACAUGUAUCGAUGUACCUUAACAUUUAAAAUCCAAUUUGUAAUUUCUUUGGGGCAAAAUAAAAACUCGUCCAUCAGGGAAUUUCACCCCCGAAGCUUUCCAAACAUGAAUAAAUUAUAAACACAACGGUUCUGACAACUCAGCUCUUUGACAGCAUCCAUGUUCAAUCUUGUAAGCUGCACACUCAUGUAACCUGAGUUUCCUGGAAAUCCUGUAGGAAUGAAAUGAUAGAUUGGGUUUGACAGCCAAAAAAAACGUUUCUACCUUUUGGUGUACAGCUGCAAUAUCCCUGCAUGCAUUGUACACUUAAGUACAGGUGGCAGCGAUCCAUAGCCACCAGUGGCGUACGACUCCUUCCUUGCUUGUGAAGAGAAGCAACUCUGCGAGCACCUGGGGCUUUCGUAGUUGGCUGUGAGGCAGGUACACUGGUUACCUCGUUGGGUCACUGCCAGGAUUGACAAGUACCGUAUUUUUCGCGCCAUAGGGCGCACCGGACCAUAGGGCGCACCUAGUUUUUAGGGGGGGAAAUAAAGAAAAAAAAUUAGUUCCCCCCCCAAGCCCCAAAGAGCAAAGAAGCAAGACAGUGAGCGGGAUCCAUCCUGCUGGCUGUCUUGGCUUCCUCUUUAGCCACGCGCAACCUCUCCAGCCAGUGCUCCGAAGGCUUGUGGAUAGCUGCCUGAAGCCUGGAGAGUGAGAGGGGUCGGUGCGCACCGACCCCUCUCGCUCUCCAGGCUUCAGCGAAAGCCUGCAUUCGCCCCAUAGGAUGCACACACUUUCCCCCUUCAUUUUUGGAGGGAAAAAAGUGCGUCCUAUAGAGCGAAAAAUACGGUAGAUAAUAAAUGGGAGCAGUGGUGUAGCAUAAUGGCUCAUAGAGCUUCCUUUGGUGGUGAUGUUGGUGGAGGAGACUGCUACUUCUGAAGCCCAGAGAGCUUGCUGGGGGCUGGGGUGGAGUUACUAUUUCCUACCACAGUCAUUAAAUAUAUAUAUAUAUAUUUCCUUCCCAUUGACUGCAGCAGAUUGAGGAGGACAAAAUAGGCCAGCUCCCAGGCUGGCAUAGUUUUGGGGUCGGUUUGGGGAGUAUUGGGGGAUGCUUAGGAUCCUGGAAUGCCUUGUGUUGUCCUUUGACAUCGAUGGUUUCCCUUCCUGUGGAACAGUGAUGCUUCUCUUUUGUGGGCUUCUCUUUUUCACCCACAGAAAGAUCUGAAAUAGCCACUCGUUUCCCUGGGAGUAUACACAAGCUCCCCAAAUUGCAAACUGUCAAGUCCUGUUAGGAUCGGAUCAGUUGGCUUUUGGGAAGCUUCCCCUCCACCUACAAUUGAGGGACAACAAUACUAGUCUACCUUACAGAGUUAUUGUAAAUAUUCCUGCAAAUUAUGUGAAAAAAUGUGAAUCGUUUUGUGAAUGUUCAGAACGGGUACAUAGAUGCUGAGUUGUGUAUUAGCUUAUUUCAGCAUACAGUGGACACUUGGGUUGCGAACAUACCGUAUUUUUUGCUCUAUAAGACUCACUUUUCCCCUCCUAAAAAGUAAGGGGAAAUGUGUGUGCGUCUUAUGGAGCGAAUGCAGGCUGCGCAGCUAUCCCAGAAGCCAGAACAGAAAGAGGUGUUGCUGCUUUCGCUGCGCAGCGAUCCUUCUUGCUGUUCUGGAUUCUGAGAUUCAGAGUAUUUUUUUCCUUGUUUUCCUCCUCCAAAAACUAGGUGCGUCUUGUGGUCUGGUGCAUCUUAUAGAGCAAAAAAUACGGUAAUCCGUCCGGGAGGCACGUUCGCAACCCACAGCGCCAUGUCUGCACACGCGCGGGUUGCGAUUUGGCGCUUCUGCGCAUGUGCGACCGCCGAAACCCAGAAGUAACCCAUUCCGGUACUUCCGGGUUCGGUGUGGUGUGCAACUCAAAAACGCGCAACCUGAAGUGUCUGUAACCCGAGGUAUGACUGUGCUUUGUGGAUUUCCUGACAUUUCGUUGGGUUGGGCAGGUAAUACUUUAAUGGGACAGUUUUAUUAGGUGUCUGAAAGUCAAGCCCCCAAAUGCAGAUCAUGCCUACAUAAAUAUUACUUUCUGUUCUUUAGAAAUUUGUUUACUUGAAAUUAUUGGGUAGGAUUCCAUGAACAAUUUGAUUUUUUUUUUUUAAUGAACUUUGAAUUUUGCGAAGUACUGUUAGAUUCCAGAUUGGGGGGAAUGUGCCAUUGACGCUAUAUUGUGAUAGUAAUUGGUUCCUGUAGCUGGAAGCCUUUUUUGAUGUCUCAGUUAAAUAAUGAAAUGCACACGAUGACGUUUGUAUCUUUUGUGUUUUAGCUGGAUCCUCUUGAACAAGCAAAAUUAGAUUUGGUCUCUGCUUACACAUUGAAUUCGAUGUUUUGGGGUGAGUGUGGAGUAUGAAAUUUAUGGUGGUAAUUUAAGCACUUUAGCAUGUAACUGCAUAUUUAAAUAUGCAACUUGGCAGCUAAGUAUCCAUCCUAUUUCUAAUGAUGAUUUUACAGCCACUAUACUUUUAUAAGUGACACUUAAAGAAAAGCUUAAUUAUUUAAGCCUUCGCCAUUUUUGUAAUAGCUGAUCAAUUCCCUUUUCUUGUUCUUCGGUUCCUCUAGCAACCCUUCCGAUUCUCCGUAGAGCCUUUGAUGCCAUUUCACCCAGCUGUUAGGCAUUUUAUAUUAUGACGAAUACCACUGAGUUCAGUUUAGCAAAGCAGCUUUACAGUCUUGCAAUUGAUGUGUGCUUUUGCAAUUUAGAUGUGUAGUAAGGAUUCUAUUUGCUAAAGUCUCUCACAACAAUAAUAAUAUUGAUUAAUAAAAUUCAUUUUACAGUAUAUCUUGCCACACAAGGAAUUAAUCCAAAGGAGCACCCAGUGAAACAGGAGCUGGUAAGAUUCUUAUUUAAAAUACAGUACAAAAUCAGAUUCUUACUUAAAAUACAGUACAAAAUUCCUGGGAUAAAUGCUUGCACAAUGUUAAAUCCCCCCCCUCUCUCUCUGAGUGUGUGUGUGUGUUCCUGGAUAGAUCCUCAAUUAUAACCUUAUUUUAUAUUUUUAUUUUAUUCCAAGCAUGUCAGGGUGAUAUUCCUAGUUCUUCCUCUACCCCAAUUUAACCUCUCAACAACCCUGUGAGGUUGAUUAAGAGUCACUGACUGGCCCAAGGCCACCUAGACCAGGCACCCCCAACCUUUGGCCCUCCAGAUGUUUUGGACUACAAUUCCCAUCAUCCCUCCACUGGGCUUGUUAACUAGGGAUCAUGGGAGUUGUAGGCCAAAACAUCUGGAGGACCAAAGAUUGGUGAUGCCUGACCUAGACCUUCAUGGCUGUUUGCACCUUGAUCUCCCGAGUCCUCUUCCAAUGCCAACCCAGCCUUCCUCAACCUUGGAUCUCCAGGUUUUCUUGAACAACAGCUCCCCUGAGCACUGGCCAUUCUGGCUAGGAAUGAUGGGAGUUGUAGUCCAGACAUCUAGGGACCAAGGUUGAGAGAGCCUAUGUCCCCCCCACUUUAAAAAAUACUUUAUUUUUCAAUUUUCAAAAUAACUGCAUUUUUUCUUUUGUAUGUACAUAUCCAAUCCAAAUUUGCAUUAAAUGACUCCCCCCCGCCCCCUCUGGUUUCCAUUCUCCCCCCCCCUUUAAUUCUCCUUGCAUAUAAUUAUGUCUCUCCAAUUAAUUAUAACUUCUUUUUUCCUCCUAAUUCUAUUAUUAGUUCAUAAAUGUUACAUCAAACCUGGUAAUGUUUUAACAUUUUUACAGUAUUCUUUAAAGUAAUCUGUAAAAUCUUCCCAUUCUUGAUUGAGUUUUUCCUCAUCUUGCUGUCUGAUCUUCACGGUAAGUUUAGCCAUUUCGGCACAGUCUAUCAUCUUAGUCUUCCAUUCUUCUUUUGUUGGGACAUUCUCUUCUUUCCAGUUCUGUGCAAGUAACAUUCUAGCUGCUGUAGUCGCACACAUAAACAGUCUCUUUUGCUUCUUUGCACUUCUUCUUCUAUUACUCCUAGUAAAAAAAGCCUCUGGUUUUUUAACAAACGUAUUCUUAAACAUUUUGGAAAUUUCAUUGUAUACCAUUUCCCAGAAGCCCUUUACUUGCAGAUGAUGAAUGAACUUUAUUACGGUCACAGACCAGGAUAAAAAACAACAACAACAACAUAUAAACAAAAUAGCAGUUAGGAUUUUUUUUUAACCGAUAAUUGUUAGAGCAAAUAAGGACAAAGAAACAAGCAUAGGAUAAAACAUCUGAAUAAAAUACAAGAUUAAACACGGAUAAUGGAUGGAUAAAAACUGAUAAUUAAAACAUAUAAGAACUAAAAACAAAUAACAUGCAGUUAAAACUACUGUAAGCAUAAAAACUAAAAGACUCGCAGUUAAAACAACUAUAAGAGGCUGCAGAGUAGAAGCCUCUGAAAUAGAGGACACGCACAACAUUAGAAACUAAUGUGCAGAUAUGGUUAAAACAGACAAUUAAAACAAUGUACAGCAAUAAAUUGAGAAACAAUGUACAACAAUGAACUAUCCCAGGGAGUUGACUCAGAGUCACUCAUGGAACCGAGUUUGGGGGUUUUCAUGCCGGACUAUUUUGAGUUGGGCCUACAGAUUUGUACACAGAAUCUGGCGACCAUCCAGGUCAUCUUCCUUUACUUUUUUUACACAUCCACCACAUAUGAAAAACUGUACCUUCUUUCUCCUUGCAUUUCCAGCAUAAAUUAGAAGAAUUUUUAUACAUCUUAGCAAGCUUUACUGGAGUCAAAUACCACCGGUACAUCAGAGAGAGUUUAUGCUAACCACUUUUCCACACGUGCUUCCAGUACAAAGCUUUUGCUUCCAUGUGUUGGUGUACUGCCUCCUGUGAAAAUUUGCUGAAGCAAAGCCACCAUUGUUCAUAUGAUUUGCUCACCUUCCUAAGCUAGGAAGGAAUUCCCAGGAGGCGAGCGUUUCUUUGAAACAGUCUUGUCUGUCUCUGCAAGCAGAAGUUUCAGGCUCGGUGAAAUUCCAAAAGGGCUACAUGUUAAAAGUCAGACAAUCCUUUCUGAUGCCUCUCCCUACUGAGAGUCGAAUUUUGUGCCAGCCACCUUUUCAUUUGCGGAAUGGAAAAAUGUUGCACAUCUAAUAAUUAUUUAUAACUUCCAGUACAGUGUGUUUUCCUAUAAAUACUUGGACUUGUGUUAAUCUCUGAGGCUACCUUUCCUUACUCCUGUAUGACUUUAAAAGUAUCAUGUGGUUGAUUUACUAGCGAAAACGGGAAAAGAUUCUCCCUCCCCUUUUCCAAUCCCUCCAUUAAUUCAUUUUCUCAGCAGUAAAGAAUCCAGUUCGGCAACAAAGCUAAAAGCUUUUUUGGCACCAGUUGUAUGUAUACUGUCCAGUAAUUCUACAUUAGUGACAUAUUUACUGCCUACAAUAAAUCUUUUCGGUUUGUCUUUAUAUUCCAUUUAGAUGCAUGAGUACAGUAUAUAAGGCUGGAUACCUUGGAAAUUCUGCUGACUUCAAGAAUCAAAUCAAAUGAUUUAGCUUGAAGAAUAGAAAAACUGCAGAUCAAAUCUAUCAGACUAGUUGUGACAUAUACAUUGUAUUAUUCUAUAUACACGCACACAUCGUUGCUAAAACAAUGAACAGUGCGUAACCAUAAAAGCAGAUGGUUGGCAGAACUAAUUGCAGAAUAAAAGUUACUCUUGCGUAGAGAACUAUAGCUUCAUGCCCAUACAUAACGUGUGGCUAGAUUUGCGGUGCAUUCUUUUAGAAAGAAGAUUUGCAUUUGUUCCAAGAUCUUAUCUGAACCAAAUUGCCAUUCAAUUUUUCUUACCUCUUCCCAAAGCUAUGUCAGUAUAGCCUAUAGAAAAUAUAUUUAGUGUUGAAAAUCUCAAGCGAUGUGUGAAUUGUUCGUUUUGCUGAAAGCUUGAACUCCCUGAGAGGAAAGGGAUUAUUUUCCAAUUCUUCUAGUUCCUUGUAAACAUUGUAUAAUGAAGUGGGGUGGGGGGGGGGAAGGAGAGAGGUGGGUGGAAUUUCCUUCUGAAGGAUGACAUGAUGUCCUUAUCUUGCAUAUGGAUGCUCAAUCAGUAGUCGCUGCUCUCUUGCUGUAUGUCUGGUACUUAGGACCAAAGGGAACAUACAUGAUCGGUUCAGUGGAACUUUUCAAUCAGGUUAUGAGAAUCCAUUACGUGUGUCAUUGAAUGUAAAUCUCUUCAUCAGCUCCUUUUACCUACGUUGACAUAUAGGCUUGCCAUUUAUUCUUAUGGCUUGUUGGAGCACUCCUGAGGCCAUCACACAACAUGUUAUGAUGGUCUUGAGAAAACAAGGUCACUAUGUAAUCAAACGUUUGUUGUAAUGGGAUUAAAGGGAACUCCGUAUACUCGUAAUUUUGGAAAUCUUAAUCAAAAGAUCGGUGCCAGCCCAGGACAUUCUGCUGCCUGAAGCAGAGACAAAAUGGCAGCCACACCAUCAGAACCCCUACCAGGGCCAGCAUUUUCUGGAUCAUUGGCACCAGUUCCUGCCUUUUUCUAUGGUGACACCAUGAGGUGAAGAGGCCACAUAAUUUAUAUUAUACACCCCACCAAAGUAGAAUCCUUUUCUUCCUUGAACCACUGCUAUCUGAAAUGACAUUUUAUCUAAAUGAAACAACUGUGCCGAGUGGAUGCUUUGGAAUUUACACAGCUACCCUUUCAGGUGAUUCAAAAGAAUCUGAUAGUGUGUUCUACUAAUAGUUGUGCAAGUAGAACUGCAGGUUUAAAUAGGCUGGAUAAUCUGCAAGCAAGUUAAAGGUGCUUAUGGGGCGUGGGUUUUUUUGGAGAGGCUAUUUUGGUUCCACUUUUAGUGUAAUGGGGAAUGAAAAGAAGAUUAUAGGUCCCCCUUUCCCUCUAAGAGUUAUGUUUAACACAGUGUUUAGGGCUUUGUAGGUCAGUAGCAAAGUAUAAAGUCAGAUAGCCAGUGCAAUUCUUCUAGAAGUGGUGUCAUGUGCUUAUGGUACAUCCCUCUACUCAGCCACCCAGUCAGACCACACCGACCCACAGCACGCAGUCAGUUCAAGACCCUUGCCUGUGGCGACUGAUGGUCAUGGUCAGCCAGACAAUUUCAGGCCUCCAGAGCUUCAAUGGAUCCCAUCAAAAAGGACUAGGUGGUUCCUUCUGGACCUGUUACAACCACGGUGUCCCAACUUGUCAUGGUGGCAAAGUAUUUUAUCCACUAGGUCCCUAGAGACAUGUCCCAGCAGGCUUUCGAGGGCUCCAGUACUUUGUUCACUUAGAUAUUAAUAAACUUUGCACCACUUAGAAUAGCUCUGCUGGCUUUUUGAGAUGCAAUUGAGGCAACCCACAAUCCUCUCUUGCUUCCCCCACUACUGUAAAUAAUGGGCAAUUAUGCAUUCUUAAUGCACAUCGGUGCCAAACUUAUCGCUCUGCUUUCCUUUGGACCACAUCAGUGAGGCUGAGGCGUGCGUGUCUUGUUGUCAGGGCAGUUGGUCCAGGUUUAUGUGCUCCCUUGCUUAGCCAUUGCUCUAUGGCCCUUUUCAGUGCAGGGCUGCCUUAGCUGUGGCCCCCCAGAUAUUGCUGAAUUACAAGCCCCAUCAUCCUUGAUCAUUGGUCCUGAUGGGAGCUGGAGUCCUUGAGGAGGCUGGAAGGAGCAGCUUCUCCUCCCUGAGCUAAGCUAGCAACACUAACAAAAGGAUCUCAGACAUGAAUUUUGCAUUUAGCCCUUGAGAAUUAGAUUUUCGUCUUGGAGGAGAGUCUCCAUUGUGAGUUAGUUUUUGGCGAAGUUGCAUUCUGGAAUGUGCAAGGAAAUAAUAGUGUGGGGUGGGUCUUUUGUUUACCAUUUUGCUUAACAACCCCUACACCUUUUUUAUAGGAUGUGUGAUCUUUCCAUGUCUUCCAGGAGAGAAUAAGAACCUACAUGAACAGAGUCAAAGAGAUAACGGACAAGAAAAAAGCCGCCAGGCUGGAUAAAGGAGCCGCUUCGAGAUUUCUGCGGAGUGCCCUCUAUGAACCCAAACCUCAGAACAAGUCUGCAAAGAGAACUCCCAUUCCAGCCAAAAAGAAGAAAACACACUAGGAUUUCCCUGUUUUCAUUGGUAUAGGUGGAAUGAAUAUUUUAAUUGAAUGCGUCAUGUUUCAUAUGCAGUAAAAAUACGUUUUGGUGAAAUAAAUUUAUAACAAAAAACCAUUUGAGAUUUGUAAC